AUGAAAUUCAAAGCAUUAAUUUGCUUGGUUUGCCUAUACUAUAGGAUAUGUUUAGGUAAGUGCGUUCGAUGCGUAUCUAUGCGAAUGUGUUCUUUCUGCCUGAUGAUAUUGAUUCGCUUGGCGGACAAAAUUUCUAUCUUGCUUGUGUCGAUUCGCUUUUCAUGUGACAAAAAAUAUUCCUUUAAACAAAGAAACACUCGUAGACCAUUACCAGUUGAAUUUGGAUUCUUUUUUAGAGAUCUUUAGUGCUUAAAAACUUGUAAUUUACACCCGUAGUUGUCGUCCAUUUUGAGCCAUUAUUGAUUAGACAUUGAAGUAAGUGCGGGGAUUGUUAGAUGGCUUCACCCACAGCUGCUUUUAGAUGGCGAUUUCAUUUCUUGUCCUCCCCGAAUUGAUAGUUUAAAGAUCUAAACACCAAUUUGUAUGCAUGGGAAAACUGAAGAAGCCGCAAAGGGCGAAUCGAAAUUCUCCGAGUAACUUAAUAAUAACAACAACAUUGCUCUCAUAAAUUCAUUUGCACGUGGUAUCUUAAUAUAUUUUUGGUCGUUGUAUGUUCAGGAUACCUGCUUAGGAUGAAAGAAUGCUGCAGGACGAGAGUAAAAGCUCUGUAUGAGACAUCGUUGAGUAUAAUUUUCCUAGCGUGAGGGAAUUAAACUCGUAGAUUUAUGUUUCAAGUGUUGGCAGAAUACCUGUUCUCCCCACGCGAGAUCCGAUCGCUCUGAGUUUGGUUUGGUAUGCAGCAUUUUAGGCAAAGUUUAAAUUCAUCUUUACCUUAACCCUCGCACUACAAUUCGAACUGAUUCAAAGGAUUGAUAUACUCUUUAAUCAGAGAAGAUCAAGAAUAAAGUACGCGAUGUUACACAUUUGAUUUAAUAACCCGAAGCUAGCUUCUGGCUACGUGCGUCUUGCAUGAAAAGUUGUAGUCUUUUAUUAUCAUGUUUAUUUACAGAACAUUUAGCAAAUCCUCGGAGAACAUCGGAGAUGAAUUACUGCAGAGUAAUGACGCCCGUUGAAAGCGAUAUGUUUAACUUAUAUUUCUUCAGGUGUAAACUCUUUGGCCGUUACGUUGAAAAUAAGAUAUUCCCGGACAUUUCCUUUCGCUAAACGGAGUUAUUAACUCGAUUAUCCUCGACUGAUCUUUAAGAAAUUGCUUGUGACGAAUCAGGUAUUUUACUCUUUAGUUCUAGUUUCGUGCCAGCAACUCUUCUAAUCCAAUUCUUUAUUUUCCACAGCGACUUCUCCAAGGAUUUUAUACGCAAACCGGAGAGACAUCAGAAUAGUACGACCAAAUCAAAAGAACCAAAAUGAAACUAUCGUAGUUGUUGGUCUUUUGAAUGCUAUCGCUGUAGAUUUCAGCUACGAAGAUGGAUACAUAUUUUGGACGGAUGUCAACGAUGAGAAAAUCAAACGAAUUCGUAUGACGGAAAGUUCUAGCUCAAGAAAAGUUGAAGAUGUUAUAUCUUUGGGUUUGAAAAAGCCCGAAGGAUUAGCCGUAGAUUGGGUAGGAAAAAAGUUGUAUUGGACUAAUUGUGGAGAUUCUGACUGGGAAACGAACAGAAUCGAAGUUGCAAAUUUUGAUGGAUCCUAUCGCAAAGUUCUUUUCUGGAAAGACUUGGGUCUUCCAAGGGCGAUUGCAGUGGAUCCACUCAAGGGGUAAGUUGAAGACUUUGUGUUUUUUUGUUGCACUCAAUAGCUGCAGUUUAUUUUGUGCUGAGUUUGAGAAAAAUCGUCAGCAAUUUGUCUACAACGAAGGUUUUGCUUGGCUUUGGGAGAACUUGUUAUUUUGGAUUUUGAUAUUUUAUAAAUAGCUUGCUUUUUUAGAGUUAGUGCUUCUUUUUAAGUUUGACGAGGAAAGACUAAUGAACUAUGCUCAAUUAAAAAUACAUUAAGCGUUGAACUUCGGCGGGCAAACAGUUAUCUAUCAUUUUUUUUCGUUAGCCUGCUUUUAGCGAACCUUGAAGGUCACAAGUGUUGCCAUGAAUGUCUCUCGAAGCAAUCUCUUAAGUGAUGAAUAUGCCACAAAGAAUUUGUUGCAUGCAUCCAGUAUUUGAACUCAAUACCAUUUUCAAAGAAAGCUUGUGAAUCUUACUGGAAUCUAAGCUUUCUUUGUUAUUGUAGCCCCCUGUUGAAAUUCAUCAAGUAAAGCCGGAGAAUGUCAUUUUUGAGAGAAAGAAUCAAUCUGAGAGAUCCACUCAGAGAAGAUAUUUUAUUUGUGAUUUUUUUCUAGCUGAAAGAUUCUCUUGUUUGUCCAAAGUACAGUCGUUAUGGAAUGAGUUAACAUUUUGAAAUUAUGGACUUAAUUAGUUCUUUAGUGUUCAUUGUCCUCUAAAAAAAGUUUUAUUUUUCUCUGUGUUGUUAAUGAGGGGCUGGUCUUCUGUAAAAAUCCUGAGCAUAAGUGAAGGGCUUGGGUUUUUGUUGAAAAUCUGUCAAUGUGCAAUAUCUAUUCUUGAAUAAUCUAUGGUCUCAUAUAAAGAGAGCUUUGAAGAAGGCUUUGUUAAUGGCCUUGGACAAUAGUUCAGCCUAAUGUUUCAUUUGACCUUUUCUUUAAUUGUGGCCCAAUGAAUGUUUUACUAAUUAUCCAUUGUUUUAUGGGAUUUUUUAACACUGUGUAAUAACAUAGUGUAAAUUUGGUCUUGUGAAUUAGUACAGAGUUGAGAAAAUUUUAUUGCUGUUCUGCAUGUCUUUUGAUGAAUAGCAGUCUUCAGCAGUUUAAGUUAAAUUCAAAGGAAGUUUAACACUAGUUUUUCAAGAUUUCUUGUGAGGAAAUUUAAAUUGACAAUCUAUCUUUGAGUUAAAUUAUAACCCUUUCUUCACUUUCUAUCCUUGCAGUUUGUCAAGGCUUGUUGGUUUAAUGUUUAUAUCUUCCUCACAAAAUGUUAGGCUGUUGUAAAUGGCUAUUUGUGUUACUUUUUUUGUCUUGAUGUGCCUCAUUUUAGUGGUGUUUUAAAGUUCCAUGUAAUAUCUUGUUGCCAGUAUCACAGAGAGGAUUACAUUCCUUUUAAAAUAUUUGUUAAAAAUUCAAUCACAGCAUUUAACUUGGGAUACCUUCUUUUAAAGGAUCUGUCAACUUUUGAGAAUAAAUAAAUUAUGUGAGAAGUGGAGGACAUAUUUUAGGUAUUAAAAAAAGUUGCGUGAACUCUGAUCAGAGCAAAUAGCUUAAUCGAGAGCAAAGCUUGAUUAGGCUGUUAUCUGAUUAAGAGAUUUUAAGUCAGGGUAUGUUUUUAAAAUUUGUUUUUCCUGGGGGAUGUUACAAUUCUUUUCUCUUAAUCCCCUAAAGGAAAAUUGACGGUCUGGUAGAUUUUCUCUACUUGAGGAAGGAAGAAGGAAAUACUAAGCUCUGCCUUGUUUGUGUGGCCUUGAGUUUAACCUUCCAGACCAAUGUGUUAUACUUAUCCUGUUUCACAUCAAGAUGAUUUCCAAUUUCUUCAUAGUGUGAUGAUUUGCAAUUUUUUUUUUUCCUGGUGACAGUCUAUAUUUCAGCAAGUGUAGGUGUUUUACGAAGCUCUACAUUCCUUUCUCAUUUGCAAAAUGUUUCAAAAUAAUUGUAGUCUUCUUUCAAUUAGAGACUGUACUUCCCCUCAUGGAAAUAAAAUUAUUGGUUCCUGAACUAUGAAAAAUUUAAGCUAUACUGGUUCUUGAUUGAUUAUUGCUAACAUUUUUCCUAUAAAAUUAUGUUCCCCUUACACAUGAGAAGAAACCAUUUAUUGUACUCAGCAUUAAUGUUAUGUAAGAGUAUCUUUUUUAAGUGUGCAUUUAAAGCUAAAGAUCUUCGUUAAAUCCUAUUUUGUGAGUUUACUUUUUCUCCUUUACCAUAAGAAUAGUAAUGUUGUUUAUUGUAAUUAAAACAAAAUGCUGGUCACUUUAAAAGAGAUGGUUUCAGUUAAGUUUGAGUUACAUAUGGAUAUUGAAAGAUGUUGACUCAGAUGUAUGCCAAGUAAAUUCCCAAACAAAUGAACACUGUUACAGAGAAUAGGCUUUUGAGUUUAUGGCCAAUGGCUUUUUUAAAUUAUUGACCAUUUCUAAAAAAUAUGGGCCAUUGCUGUAUUUGAUUGGGCUAGAAGAAAAGAAACAUGGGUAUUUUGUCAGUGAUGUAAUUUUUGUUAGCAUGCUUUAAUUAUGCAGUAUCUUGCAGUUAACAAUGCAAUGAAAAAGUUUCAUUUAUGUGUCACUUAAAUCAAACCAUGCAAUGAAAAAGUUUCAUCCAGGUGUCACUUAAAUCAAACAAACUGGAAAGCUGUUUACUUCAAGUGAAGAGUAAUCAGUGCAUUAUACAGUACUUGUGAAGGUGUUUUGUCCUUCAUCUAUUAAAACAAUCAUGUUUUUUUUUAAGGUAAACUUAUGGAUGUGCUGACUCAAUCCGGGCAUUAAAUAAAUUGCUGGACUUAAAGAUUAGAAGUAACAAAACUAGUGAUAAAAAUUUUGGCUAAUGAUAAAUCACCCAGGUUAAAUUAUGGAUUUUGAAUCUUACUCCUUGAAUCAACUUAACUUUGACCCUCACAUUGCCUCAGGAAUUUAACUGGAAAGAUCUCUAUGGGGGCGGAUUUCUGAGAGCCAGCAAUAUAAUUGUCUAGUACACUACUAGACAAUUAUGGCUGCUGAAAGGUCAAAUAAUUUCAAAGAACUUCAUUUGGGGGCUGAAUCCAACAUGGUGCACAGCCCUCUCAUUCUUUGCUAUUAAAGAAGAAAGUGUACUUAAGGCAUUUAAUACCAAAUUGAGAGUAACAAAAACAGAUCUCUAUAAAGAAAAUAAAUGAAUUCAAAUUGAAGGACUUGUUGAUUUUUUACCUCACCUGAAGUGUAAUCACAGUAGAUGAUGCUUGUUAGAAUUACAAUGAUGUUAAAAGUUUCUAACAAAUUGUUUUCUCUCAAAUUAUAAUUCCAGGUUCAUGUUUUGGACAGAUUGGGGUGAAGAACCCAAGAUAGAGAGAGCUGAAAUGGAUGGCUCUAAUCGUUCUGUAAUUGUCAGACAAGACAUUCAUUGGCCCAAUGGGCUCACAAUAGACUACAGUGCAGAGAAAAUUUACUGGACAGAUGCAAAAUUGUUUUAUAUAGCUAAAGCUAAUUUUGAUGGUUCAAACCGGGAGAGAAUAUUUAAAACUCCAAGUCAAUGUAUUUUGGCAAAUCAGGCUCAUCCAUUUGCUUUGACAUUAUAUGAAAACAAAAUUUAUUGGACAGACUGGACUACUAGAGGGAUACAUUCUGCAAAUAAAAACAGUGGGAUGCGGUGUCAAAUGGUCUGGUCAACUACUUAUGUACCCAUGGAUAUACAUGCAUAUGAACCAAAAAAACAGUUGCCAAGGCCAGGUAAGUUGAAUUAAUAAAUGGUUAUUGAUUGUCUUGCAGUGUUCUUCCCUAUUUUAAGCACGACAGAUAAGAUAAAUUUUCAAGCUGGUAAAGGAACCCUUUUAACCUUUGAAUUCUUUAAGAAUGCUACAGGAUUUUAGGCAGUAAUACAAGGUAGUACUACAGGCAGUAAAUUUUAUGGCUUACCACCUUAAUAAGGAGAACACUGCAUACAAGUUAGUCAGUCACAUGAUAACAAGUGUGAUGUGUUGACUGCUGUGUGUUGAUCUCCAUUUGUUGAUUAGUUAGACUGCUUAGGCUUCAUCACAUGAAGGGAAUGCCCUGAUGGUCAAUUUGAUGAUUGCUGCUACAGUGAUUCAUUGUGGAACUUCUAAAACUGCUUCUAUUGAAAACACUCUUCCUGACUGGGUCAUCAGUUUUGAACAAGCCUGGAAAUUUUUUACACUUUGAAAUUGUAUUUUCCACUCUCAGAUCUGAUUUGUAGUUUCCCUUACUGUCCACCAUGUAAUCUUUAUCAUUUUAUGUUUAGGUAUUGGAAUAACUAAUAAUCCCCUUAUUUAUAUUUUUCUUUGUUCUUAUCAUUUAUCUGCUUGAUAUUGUGUCAAUAUUACACAGAGAAAUUCUGUCUUGGUCAUUCUUGAAAGUUAAAGGUUUAGAUAGGCAUUCCAUGAGUUGUGCAUAAAUCUUCAAGCAAGGUGUACAAAUUUCUUUGAUUUUAUUUCAAUAAUUGGUUGAUAUAUUUAUAAUGAGUUACUAGAAAAAUGAAGUGAAAGUGGCUGGCUAAAAGAUACAUGUCUAAAUUGGGUAAGUUUCUAAAGAAACUGUGGUGCUGCAUUGGUGGAAGGGUAUAACAGGCUGACCAAGUGUUAUCAACUCAGUUGAUCAGUCGAUAACACUUAAUUACCCUAAAGAUACAUGUAGCUGAGUUGGAGGGGAGGUUUUGGCGAGCCAUUGGCUUUUAUUGAUAGCUCUUGGCAUUGUUUUUCUUUAAACCUCUUGUGCAAUGGUAAGAAGAAAUGCUAAAUUGUGACCCUGGCUUAUUUUUGACAAGUUGUUGACUUAUCUUGUAACAGGUCAAAAUCCUUGCAAUUCUACUCUCAAUGGAGGGUGCACCCAUCUUUGUCUGUUGAAUACGCAUGGUCGCUCAUGUGCGUGCCCGACUGGUGUGAAGCUUUUGUCUGAUGGAAGAACAUGUGAAAAAGGUAUGAUUGAGUGUGCAAUGUUAUGAAUAACUGUUAAUAGUGUGUGAACUGAUUGUAUUUGGGCUUUGUUUGUAAUGUGACUCCAGUUAUGAAAUACAUUUAAAAAAUUCUGUAUACUGGAUGUGCAUAAUAAGAAUAUUAUUUGUGAGGUAUUUUAAGGGGGAGUCACAACUUGUUACAACACUUGAAAAUCUCUGCUGGUCUGGUGUGUGAAUUCAGACUGGUUUGAAUUAGCGCAACUGAUGGCAGUGACAAAUUCUCCAUGUCAAUUGAGACAAAUUGUGUUUGUGACUUGCCUUAGAGCAACACAAACUCUUUGGGUGCUAAAUGUGCCUAUACAUUCUCUGUAAAAUUUUUAAUUUUUAACAAUGUGUGCCUUGGAGAAUAUUAAAUGUAUUGAGCUAAAAAUGUGGGAGAAGGAUAGAUAUGUUCGACAUUUUGAUUAUUCAAUACCCACCUUUUUGUAUUCUGGUAAGAAAACAAAAAGCUUGUGCUAAUGAGCAGAAUCGUGUUUGCAAAGAUUCCUCUAUCACUGAAUGUACACUAUUUAAUAGAUGGGUAGGUACAUGGUAAAAAUCAGUUAAGGCAUACUUUCUUGAUGUGAUUACAGUACUGUUGUUCUCACUAGUAUCUUAUGUGAAAAUGUAUAGCCAUUGGAAAUGAGAACUAUCCAGUUGAUUUCAAGGUUGACCUGAGAAAUGAGAUAUACUCGAACAACCAUAUUUGGUUGUAUUAAUAUCCAGUAAUAAACUAAUUCAAAAUGUUUGGCUUUUUUAUCUUAGGUCCUUUCCAUUUUCUAUUGCUGGCAAGAAAAGGGGACCUGCGGCGUAUAUCACUUGAUACACCUGAUCUCACAGAUGUUGUUUUACCAGUGUUUGGAAUCAGUCAUGCAGUUGCAAUCGAUUUUGAUCCAGUGGAUAGAUAUGUUUACUGGAGUGAUGAUAAAAAACUUGAGAUUAAAAGAUGCCGGUUGAAUGGAGAAGGUUAGCCAACCUUGAACUUGAAUACACUAAUUAUGUUAACUGAUUUUGGCGAAUUUAUAGUAACUUAACAAAAGUUCUGUCAAGUUUCUUCAACAGUUUUUCUGGUACCAUCUAUAUUGCUGAAUGGAAAGAGUAAACUGCACUUCAGUCACCAGAAAUUAUCCUGCUUGGCAUGGCAUCCAAAACAGUUCUAUUGAGUACUAACCAACAUGAGGGCCAGUCUGGAUGUUAAUCUUUAUUCUGAACUGUUUUCUGUCUUUUUCUUUGUAUUUCAGAUGUUCAGGUAGUAGUAAGGAGUGAGCUGAAACAUCCUGAUGGUAUUGCUGUUGACUGGGUAGCACGGAACUUGUACUGGACAGACACAGGCACUAAUAGAAUUGAAGUCAGCAGACUAAACGGCUCUGCUAGGAGAGUUCUUAUUGAUGAAAAUCUUGAUGAACCAAGAGCAAUAGCAUUGGAUCCUACUAGAGGGUAAAUAUAUGAGUUUAAUUUUGUUAUCUACUGAGUGGAAAUCUGUACACAAAGUAUUGAGUACAACCAGAAGCCAUGAAGGAAGGCUGUACUCAAGAUGGAGAGCACAGGUUUUCCCCAUAAGGACUGACUGAGGCUGUGGAUAACUGAUUUUUUUCUGCUGAUUUUGCUUUUUUGGAAUGACAGGGAAAAAAUUCUGAACUCUGUUUGGUAUUGUGAAAGACAGGAUGGGUUAGGAGCCCAUGACUGAGCCUUGCUUAGAUGCAAGGAAAAAAAAAAAAAGAUAAAAAUAGAUUUUAAUAUAAUUUUUAUUUAUUUCCAUACUGAAAGUUGGCAAAGGCAUGCAAAGAAAUUUAAAUUAAUUUUUGUUAUCAAAUGUGUCAGUUAGAAAGGCUGUUAUAAGUUUGAAAUGUUCUAACAUGAUCUCACUUAGGUACAUGUACUGGACUGAUUGGGGAAAACACCCAAAGAUUGAGAGAGCAGAGCUUGAUGGGAGUCAUAGAGUCAUCUUAGUGAAUUCCUCGGUUGCUUGGCCAAAUGGCCUUGCCAUUGAUUAUCUGAAGCAAAAGAUUUACUGGGCUGAUGCAAGGAAUGACAAGAUAGAAGUCAUGAACUUCGAUGGGAGUGCCCGCCAUGUUAUUUUAGAUAAAAAAUUGCCUCAUGUGUUUGGUUUUACUGUGCUUGGGGAUAAUCUUUAUUGGACGGACUGGCAGAAGAGGUCAAUAGAGAGUGUGAACAAAAGAACUGGUGAAGACAGAAGAGUAAUCGUUGACGACCUACCUGAUCUUAUGGGACUAAAAGCUGUAAACCUUAAUCUCUCCUAUGGUAGGAAGCCUUAUUUAUUUGAUACUUAAUUUUUUAGUUUUGACUAUUCCAUGUUUCCUUCUUAUUACACUUAAAACACCUUUUUUUGGCCUCUAGGUUCCAAUGCCUGUCAGCGAAAAAAUGGAGGCUGUAGUCAUUUGUGUUUAUACAAGCCAUCAGGACCCAAAUGUGAAUGCCCAACAGGAAUGGAGCUUCUUUCUGAUGAGAAGACUUGUAUAUGUAAGUAUUUGGAAGAGAUGACUUGGGCUAAUUUACUGAGCUUGCCUGGUUACACCCAGAGAGCUAAAAUCAGCCAGUUAGCCAUUUUUUUCCUUCAAAAAUAUGGAAAUCAACAUAAAUGUCAUAUACUGUUUGCCCUUUAACUCCCAAGAUCUCUUUGUUAAUGUUCCUGUCUACAUGCCACAUAUUUCCUAAUAAAUUAGUGGCAAGAAUUUGUUAGAUCAAGAUAAUGUUUCCCCUGCAGCCAUUGGCUAUCAUUGCAUAUGGAUCAUGCUUGUUAGGUGACAGUGUUUUAACCCUUUAAAUCCCAAGAUCUCAUUAGUAAUUCUCUGUACUGUCUACCAUACAGUUCUUGUGAUGUUAGUUUUGAGAAUUUGGUAUUGGAUCAACUAAUAAUCCUCUAACUGAUAUUUUUCUUUUUUCUCAUCACUUUUCUGCUUGAUAUUGUAUUGAUAUCAUAAGGAGAAAUUCUGUCUUGAUCACUUAUGGGAGUUAAAGUGUUAACAGGGGAGUGUGUAAUUUCAUUGUAUACUUAAAGUUAACAAUUGCUUUAACAAUAGCAAUAACAAAAAAAAUAUGUAUUUUUAUUUUCCUUCUAUUGCAGUACCAGAAGCUUUUCUUUUGUUUUCAAAUGCUGAUGAUAUCAGGAGAAUUUCUUUGGAAACCAAUAAUGGUGUUGUCAUUCCAUUGGUUGGCAUUAAGGAAGCAAAUGCUCUUGAUUUCAGUGUUCAUGACAUGCAGAUUUAUUGGUCAGAUUUGACCCUUAAGACUAUUAGUCGAGCAUUUUUGAAUGGUAGCAAUGUACAGCACUUGAUUGCUGUAGACCUGUCCUACCCUGAUGGCUUGGCUGUGGACUGGAUUGCCAAGAAUCUUUACUGGACAGAUUCAAAGCUCCAGAGAAUAGAGUUGUCACGACUGGAUGGCCAGCAUAGGAAAAUGCUGAUUUGGAAGGAUUUGUGGGAACCGCGAGAAUUGACUCUUGAUCCUGUGUCUGGGUAAGUGAACAUACUACACUUUUUCGGUUAAGUGAGCCACAAUGGAAACCAAAAUCAUUAUGUUGUCAUGAGCAACUUGCUCUGUUUCAGUUGGCGAUGUGUUGUUUGAAUGCUCUUGGCCAGCUUGGAGAAGACCUACCCUUUAUCCAAGAGUAGUAAAACAGGGAAGGUUGCCCAAAAUAACACCAUAAUUAAACAGUCAAACCGCAGUGACCAAACUUUCCAUUCAUUGCAUCUAACUGAUAUUUAUAGUAUUUUUGCAAAGUACAAUAAUGUGAAAAGUAUUGUGUGCAUGGUUUUGAAGGUCUGUGCUUGAAACGUGGCUGUGGCAUUUUCCUGGGCCAGGAAAUUUACUCUAGAGUAUUCUAUCUUACAGCCCUACACCAGGAAGUUGUGUAGGUUUUAGGAAGAUUUGAGGGAAAGCUGAAGAAAUGCUGGAAGAAUCGAAGGGGGGGGGGAGAGAGAGGGGAGAGAGAGGAUGGGAAAGGGAUUAUAAUCUAAAAUGGACAUUGCAUCCCAUUCAGAAAUGCUAACAGCUCUCUUUCUCUCCCAAGAUCUAGAUGCAAAUGCCAAUUGUUUACACAGUCUGCAAUGCAUUUCUUAAUUUUAUAUUGAGAAUUAAGUGUUGAAUGGAACAUGAUCCCUAGUUUAUAUUUUUCUUACUUCUCAUAACCUUUUUUGCUCGAAAAUAGUUUGCUAUUAUGAAAAAAAAUAUUCCCUCCUGCUGGCUCGAGAGUUUCAAAGUCUUGCAGGUUCAUCUCCACUGUGAUUAUGGGUUAAGUUUUCUAUGUAGCUUUUGAAGCAGAAAUGGACAAGUCAGUGUUUUGACUUCAUUUUAGUUAUACAACAAUGCAAUAAUAACCUUUAGUUAACGUGGUCAAAUGUUCGUAGCUGAUUAGCUACUUUACAGACAUGCCACAAAAGUUAACCCUCAACACCCUAAUAUUUGUAUCCACAUUCUCUUACUCCUCUCUACACAUUUCCUUUGGUGCUGACAAGGAGAAUUGUUUAACAAUCAAAGCUUCUUAGGUUUGCGAUCAUUUUCUUUAAUCUUGUGAUCUUAAUGAAUGAUUCAGUAGUAUUCCUGUUAAGAGAAAUUAGAUGCUUGUCGCUUUUUGGUUUUUAAGGGUUAAAAAUUAAAUAUCUUUGAAAUCUUUAUCAUAGGCAUAUGUACUGGGCAAACGGUGGAUGGUACCCAAAGAUAGAGAGAGCAGACCUGGAUGGUUCUAACAGACAGACUAUCGUCUCAAAUGUCACUCGUCCAACUGGGUUGACAAUUGAUUUUUCUGCGGAAAUGAUAUUUUGGGUUGAUACCGAGAACAAGGUGAUUGAGUGUGCAAAUUUAAAUGGUUCAAACAGACAGGUGAUUGCAUCAGAGCUUCCCAAACCUUUUGCUUUGACCCAGUACAAGGAUUACAUCUAUUGGACAGAUCAGAAACUCAGCUCAAUCUACCGCGCCAACAAAACGAAUGGAAUGGAGAGGACUCAGAUCAAGGGCAACAUAGAAUUUACUAUCAUGGAUAUCUUGGUUUUUCAUGGCAGCAGACAGGAAGGUUAGUGCAGCAUUAGACAUCUGGCUGAUUUACACAAAAAUUCUGAUUACAUGCAACGUGAAAAAGUAAGGUACAACCCAUAAAUUUUGACCGGAAUUACUAACACUUGGGAUCGCUUCGGAUAAACAUAUAAAGCUUGCAACUUUUUCCUUGAAUUUUCAAAAAGAUCAAUCUGAUUGUUUCAGGGGCACGAGUUUCUACCCUGCCCCGCCAUGUCUCUUCAACCCCAUGCCAGAGAGAGAAGGUUUAAACCCAGAUGAAGUACAUGUUGAUUGUCCUGUAUAGAAAUCCUUUACACCCUAACAUUGGCAUCCAAAUUCUCCAUACAUUUUUCUAUACAUUUCCUUUGGUGCCGAUAAGGAGAAUUUUUUUUACCGUUAACGCUCCUUAGGUUGGUGAUUAUUUCCUUUUUUCUCAUGAUCAUAGUAAAUGUUUCAGCAUUGUUACUGUAAGGAGAAAUUAGACGCUGGUCACUCUCAGGGUAUAAAGGGUUAACCUUUUAGAGUGAGGUUCGAGAGCUUCCACGUCGUAUGUGGGAUUUGAACUUGUGACGGCAAAUGGCAGUUACAGAGGGUGAGAGCUUUUUCUCUUUAAAAUAAGAAUAACCCUUUAUUCCUAUCUGCAUAUUUUAUUAGGUUCCAAUCUCUGUGCCUUCAGGAAUGGAGGAUGUAGUCACCUGUGUCUGGCUAAACCUGGGAAGAGAAAGGAGUGUUCCUGUCCUACACACUAUACCUUAUCCAUGAUUGACAAUAAAACUUGCUUAGGUUUGUUGAUAACAAAUAGGUGUUACAUUUGACUGGAUGUAGUUUAGACAAACUUCAAGUCAAUGCUAACCAAUUUCUAAUCAAUCGAAAUGUUUUUAAGCCGGUUGUUAAUUUUUUGUUUUUGUUUCUGUUUACAGCCCCCCGUGUUUUCAUGCUGUACAGCACCAAAACAGUCAUUCGACGAAUCCUGUUCGAUUCAUCCGAUAACCUUGAUGUAGUUUUACCUGUCCGUGAUCUGUCAAAUGUUCAGGCCAUUGAUUUUGACAUUAACAGCCAUCGUCUCUUCUGGAUCGAAGACUUCCGCAUUAAAUUUGCAUAUCAAAACGGCUCCAGUGGGGACAAAGUCAUAAACCUUGAUCCAAAGGCGUCUCCAUAUGACUUGGCCAUUGACCCGUAUGCAAAGCAAUUGUUUUGGACGGACUCUGUUACUAACAGUAUCAAUGUGUACAGUUUAAGAAACAAUACCAACCUGGGAGAAGUGUUUAAGAAAGACGGCGUUUCUCCUCGGUCAAUUGUGCUCUAUCCUGAGAAAGGGUGAGUCUUUAUUCCUCAAACAGUAUCUUUUUCAUUUUAUUCAAUUCGUGAUAGUGCAUGUAGUUCUUUGAUAAUCAAAGAUGUGCCCGUAGGAAAAUCACUUGGUGUUUGAAGGGCUCUUCUCUCAGAAAUGUGAGCCAGCUCUCAACCAUUCACACCCCUAAAGUCAGUAUCCACAUUCUCCAUGCUGUUCUCUAUGUAUUUGUUUCGUUACUGGUGAGGGAAUUCAGUAAACAAUCUAAACUUCUUAGUUUGGCGAUCAUUUCCUCUAUUCUCGUGAUCGUAAUGAAUGAUUCAGCAGUAUUACUGUUUGGAGAAAUUAGAUGCUGGUCACUCGUAGGGUUAAAGGGUUAAGAGCUGUUAUAGACGCAAAAUUGCAUAGGUCGCCUAAACGCAAAAUUUAGUCUCCUUCGGCACCCAGGCGCCAAAAACGUUUUCAAGGUCAGUUAUUCUACGAAUUGACGCGACACUUGAAAGGCGAAAAGUUAAUCUACGUCAUAGCGGAGCUCGCAGAGCGUAGCCCCAUAAUUAUACAAAUUAGUAGUAACCCAUCAAGCCGAAAUAAUUUGGAUGUACGACCGUACAAGGUGCUACUUUUAACAUGCGUAGUCAACUGUACCGCGGGCACGUCAACGCCACGGCUUUGUCAGUGGUCCAGUGGUCAGUGCACUGGGCUCCGGGUCGGACGACCCGGGUUCUAGUCCUGGCCGGGGCAAGGCGUUGUGCCCUUGAGACGUGUGGGGAAAAAAAAUGCGAGCUCCGCUUUUAGGCUUGGCUAAAUCUAUAUAUUAUUUAAUGAAACGAUUCUGUUUUGUGUCUUGUUCAGGCUUAUGUACUUCACCAAUGUCAAUCCAAAGACCAAGGGUAUCAUGAAGGUGCCAAUGGCUGGGGCAGACAAGGUGCAGCUUUCUGUUGACAAUCUGCUUCUGUUCAGUGCUGACUCUCCGGGAGACUUAGCAGUGGAUAAGGAAGGCAAGAAACUUUACUGGACUGACACGGAACUGAAGAAGAUUGAAUAUGGCGACCUGGAAGGUAAGUCACUGAGGAGCAUUCUUAAACUGCAGGGCCAAAACGAGCUGACGUUGUUUAGACCGAUAUGGGCGAGUAUCCAAAAGAAAAGUGUGACAGCGCGGUUUACUUUGCUUUGUGCAAGGAUAUGUCAUAGCGUAAUUGUCAGUCUCGCACAUAAUUCUUUUGUCUAGCUAGUUAUAAAAUGAGCAAAAAGCGGCCUGCAAGUUGGCUGAUUUUUGGCAGUAACUUUGAACAAAACAUUUAAGAAAGUGAUGGUGUGGACUUCUCAAUUUAUUAGACGAUCUAUUUAAAGCCGCAGCAGUAAUAGUUAUGUGGUCGAGUGUAGUUUCAUUCGGAUUGUAAGCAUAAAAGUGAUUGUCAAGGUUAUGGCCCGGACAGAUUUCUCAGUUUGUGUUUACUCGGGUGCUCUGCAAGAAGUCUGAGAUUACAAUUCGGGGUCGGUUCAGUCACAAAGUGCAGGCGAGAGUAGCUUAUAGAACGGGCGUGUUUUCUGCGCUUGUCUCCGUUCGCCUGGAAAACGUAAAAAGUACGCCGCUUCUGCUGGUUAAGGCGCGAGCGUUUUUUUUUUUUCAUGUGUGGCUUCUAGACCUUUCUGAUAAGUAUGUGAAAAUACUCUUUGAAAGGGAUAGUAUUUUUAAGCAUGUUUUGUAGCGGUUACAACGUUUGCACAUGUAAAGGCGUUAAACCAUUGUGUUCUCAAAGCUAUAGUUAUGUCUGUUGUCUCACAGGGACCAACAGAGCCACGCUGGUGGAGAGACAUGUCUUGGAUCCCGUUGGCCUGGCAGUUUAUGGGAAUCAUGUUUACUGGAUCGACCAGGAGUCGCGCUGGCUCAAGAAAAUUGAAAAGAUCAGUGAAAUGGAAGAAGACUUUGGCAGCACGGUGCAAGCCUAUAUCGAUGGUUUGACAGAUAUGAUUGUGGUUGAUAUGAGGAAGUCAACAGGUACGGACGUGGUUACCAAACUUCCUUUUUACCAUUUCUUUUCUUUAAUGUGUAUAAGUAAGGAGAGUUUUUUUUCCCCCAAUCAAUCAAAGUGGAUUCAUACUUUGUAAUAAUUAUGAUAUGGUAGUCGUGCAGGGAUUCCAAUUUUUCCGUAUGAGUCUCCACCGAGGUUUUCGGCGCCAUCAUAGACUAGCUAACCUUUCGCCUCGAUUUAUGCGUGAGUUCUAAAUCCCGCCGGCUAAGCAGAAUCCCUAGGGUUGGCUCGCUUCGGUCUGGAGGCCAAGAAAGUAUUUAUAGUGAAAUUGCAAUCAUUUUAUCGAGCGAAAUGGGUUAAUAUAAAUCGGAACUGUGAGCCACGUCGCCAUACGAUCUUCGUUGGGUUAAUUACAGAGUGAACGUUGAUUCCUUUGCUAGAUCAAACGCACUUAAAUAAUCCUUGAUUAUUACUAGUAGAGCCUUUUUGUAUUGAGCAUCGUAGAACCAAAAUUAAAUUUAUCAUAACAGCCAAUCAUAAGAGCCAGUGAGAACUUUAAGCAAAACUGACCAAACUGCUUAGAGCGCAAUUCGUGAUUGGUUUUAGUUUUGGAGAGCAUGGUGCGAGUUCUUUGGACCAAUCACAGACCGAGGUAAAGCAAAAACAAAACAAACACGGAUUACUUCCGACCUUAAUGGAAAAUUUCACUAUUAAUUGAGUGGAAGCGCGCGUUAAUUUUUUUUUAAAUUUCGUCUUUUUAGCUCACCAUCCUUGUACUAGAAACCAUUGUUCACACAUCUGUUUGGUCGGUGAUCACAACAAAGCUCAGUGUUCCUGCCCUAUGGACAUGAUCCUAACUGAGGACAAUUCAACUUGCGGACGUAAGUGUGAUUCAAACAUAUCGUUAAACCCUUGAUCCUUAAGAGUGACCAGCAUCUAAUUUCUCCUCACAAUAAUACCCGUAAAUCACGCAUUAAGGUCACGAGAUUUAAAGAAAUGAUCACCCACUAAAGAAACUCUUGAACAAUUUCUCCCAGUCGGAACCUUAGGAAAUGUACAGAAAACAGUGCGUAGAAUAUGUAAAUUGAUAUUGAGGGGUUGAGGUAUAAUAGAUGUUGGAGAAUAGCGAAAGUAUGAAAGAAUGACCAUUUUACUUAGGACCAACGCCACUUUUUGUGUAAAGAGCGCCUUGUAAUCGUAAUUUUUAAUGUUUCAUCGAAAAGACAAAUUCUCAGAGACCAGAGUUAGGGGAACUUCCGCCCGAAUUUGUACAGUGCAUCUCAGUUUACCCACAAAGCCUUUCUGUAUAUAUUACACAGGUUUUCUGAGUUUUAUAGUGAUUAUGUAUUAACUUUGUUCGUUUGUUUUUCACCAGCUCCAAGGGAAUGCCCGCCAAACGCGUUUUCCUGUCCAAGCGGACCUUGCUUAUUAGAAAGUUGGGUUUGUGAUGGUAAUCCAGACUGUGAGCCUGAUGGUGCCGAUGAAAAGAAUUGUCGUAAGUUGUGUUUGUAAUUUUACUAUAUUGAGAGUUUAUAGGUUAUAAACCAGUGAAGGCUCUCAGAGCCUGUGCGUAAACUCAUGGAUUUAUUGUAACCAAUCAGCUCCCAGGUUUGGCUAGUGUGUUACUUUACCUCGCGAUUUCAAUACAAAAUCCUGCAGAUAGGAGAUGAGAAUAGACAAACUCAUGAGCUACUGAGUGUUACCUUCAUGGCACACUGAAUGAGUAUUUCUAAUUAACAAGGAAAUGUAUGACUAUCAGAAGAGAGAAUUACUAGCUGCAACUUGGGAGCUGAAGGUGAAACGUUUUGCCGUAGUAGAAGUAGUUGUUUCAUUUGUCUGAGUUGAUUUUGUUUUUCUUUAUUGUUUUGCACCUUCAUUCACAAAAAAUCUGAGAUCUUUCAAAAGCAACUUCACAAUCUCCUUGUCUGAUCCGUAGCUCCUUGCGGCGAUGACCAAUUCGCCUGCCGCACUGGAAGUCAGUGUAUCGAUAUGAAGAAGGUGAAUGACGGUGUGGGGGAUUGCCUUGACGACUCGGACGAGUCUGAUUGCUGUAAGUGAACACAAUUUGUCGCCUCCAUUAUUGUCUUUCACAACCGUCCUUUGGUUGUCGCAUAGCGGUCUUCCGAAAGCGUUCAUCACGGUUUGCACCGAUGCAGACAAACCACAGAGGAGGAAUAGAAACUUAGGAACUUGUGCAAAACUGACUAAAUUGUAGAAGUAGGUCAUGCAAAGCUUCAGGUAGUGCUCACUUCUUAUUUGUUGCGACAAGGCGCUUUUCGAUUGAAAGUCGUAAACAGUUUUAAUUUUGCAUACGCCGUGGAUUGCAGAAGUGGAAACGUACCGUUUAUUGGAUGAGAUUACGUCUUUUUUGAGCCGCGGAUUAUUUUCCUCCUAUAAACGGCCCUAAAGCCUAUUAUAGAUCAGGGAGCACCGAAAAUAAACCACAUCUCCGUCGUAUGCACCGUUUAAGUUUUGCCGGCUUUUAUUAACAAGUCACAUGUAGUGACUUUGAAUUGGGUGAUUCUGAGCUUGAAUCUUUUCUUUUAUUUCCUUUUUAGCACGGAAAUGCUCAAAGGGUGAGUUUGGAUGCCAUGAUGACGACUGUUCGUGUAUCGCUUUGGACUGGAAAUGCGAUGGAACACUAGACUGUCCUAAUAAUAGAGAUGAAAUGGAUUGCGAUGUUACUCCAGGUAAAUAUUGCGAUUUAUACUUAUUAUAUGGUAUAGUGGUAAAGCUCGCAAAAAAACUUCUUUCCUAGUCUGAAUCUUUGAGACACGUCCUCUUUACUGUUUUCAAGCGACGAUCUAAGCUGAGUCGGACAAGCGUGCUAACCAUUUAUUUACUGUGCGUUCUGCUUUUAUUGUGUUUUUAGCGCUUCGUAUUCAUAGAUGUUGAUGGGUCAUUUUUUUUUCUGCUUUUAAUCUAGCGAAUGGCACAGACAAGUUACCUAAUCCUCUGCACCAUUCAAAUCUCAGUGGUAAAAUGGUGGCAGUCAUUGUGGCGUCAAUCAUCGUGGGUGUCAUCUUCCUCACUGUCGCUGUACUCAUCUGUCGCAGGCUUAAGCACGGCCCAGACUGUGACGUAACUCACGAUAUCGGAUUAGUCGUGACUCCAGUUCUCCAUCCCAGGCCUUCCUCUUCAGCAUCGUCAUCAUCGUCGACGUCAUCUCGGCAUGACAUGUUUGUGACAGCACCUUUACGAAAAGGUCCCGGAUCGGCGGGCUCAUCGCAUAAGCGCUCGAAAUCAAACGGAACGGCGCCGAGCUUAAGCAACCGUUCAAGCGCCUCACAGACAGCGUACGACCGGAACAAUUUAACUGGAGCUUCGUGCUCGUCAACCGCGUCAACAGUUGUCACAGCAUACUUCCAUGAGCCCCUGAACCCGCCGCCGUCGCCGGUUACGGAACGUUCUCAGUACACCUCGCGAUCACGUCCAUAUUGUGAGUCCCUGUUACCGCCGUCUUCAUGCACGUCACACAGAUGUCAUCGGCCGAGAAUGCCUCCACCCCCGACGCCUGUCUCCACUGACGCGGAGUCGGUUGGGAGUCGGCAUCAAUGUCGCAGAGUUCACCGUUGUAGGCACAAACGUUACGCGGCGUCGUCCUGCACGGAGGCAGCGUAUGAUUCGGAUUUAUUCGCACCGCCUCCGACGCCAAACACGAACUAUCUUUCAGAAGCGACACAUUUUUCGGAUCAGGAGGGUCCACCUCCUUCUCCUGCUUUAACUGAAAGACACUUUUUUGCGCAUCCGUAUCCUCCUCCACCCUCUCCAGUGACUGAUGCGCCGUCAGUGAUUUUGUAACGCAGUUGUUGAGGAAAGGGUUCCAUCGCGUGUUCCCCUGUCACGCAAUCGUCGGGGUUUCAAAUGUGGUACGGGACAGAUAUCACUUCUUAGAUCAAGAAACCAGACGCUAUUCUAUCGUCUUGGGUGACCGUGGUCGUUACUAUAGACACGAUUACCACGCGCGAUUUUAGCGCAAUGAAGAAAAAUUCACAUUUUCGUCAAGAUUAUCAACAUGACCCUAAUGACAUCUUAAUUUCCGUGGAAAGGGAAUAAAAUGACUUUUUCUGAUGGUUCAGAAGAAAUGUAAAAGCAGGUGUAUACUGGCGACUCAUUGUACACCGCAAUGCACAAGGCGAUUUCUGGAAAAUGGCAGUUCAUUUUCAAAUAUCUCGAGGUUUAAAGUCUGCGAAUGUUUUGUACUCCUUUGAAUUUUUGCUUUUGUCUUUGCUAAGUUCCCAUAUUUCGUUUCCAUAUUUUGUGCCAACUUGAAGUUCAGAAUUAGUAGAAUAUUUUCCUCGGAAGGUCGUCUUUCCGAGUAAGUCGGCGAUUCACGAAUAGUUCCUUGUGAAUUGAUGGUCAUUGGUGGAUCAUUCAUCUUAAUUGGAAAAUUAUAGAUGGCGGACCAGUAAGCAUUAUUGGCGAGCAUCGACAAAUUAUUUCUAGAACACUAGAGACCAUUAUUUUCAUUGGCAAGUCACCAAUGGCCUUUGUUGGACAACUAAUGGCCAAUGGUGGACCACCAAUGGCCAAUGGUUGACCAUCACUGGUCAUUGAAUCAUUUAUCGUUUUUAAGAGUGGGUACACACUACUGAGACAUUUUUUUUCGUAUGACAGGAUUGAUUUUUUGAAAAUCUUUGCCCGUGCGACAAAAUUCUGCUCCCGGAACAAGUCGUCUAAAUCCAUACUGGUUUGCACUUGUAAGGUGAUGACAUGGGUUGCAGCGACUUGGUUCGGAAGCAGUGCCCAUUAUGUGGUUUGUCGCGUAGACCCUGCCGCGCCGAUUUGGCGCCUGUUAGGUCCUGGAAAUUAAGAGUACCAUCGAUGAAUUAUCAGUUGCAAUUGGCAACUCUCCUAUCAUUAAUAAGGUCAUUUGCGCCAUUCUGCGCUAUCAAGUAGAAACAUUAACACGACUUUUUCAAACGGUGUCAAAAUUAUUUAUUGUAAAUACUGUACAUAAUUUGUAAAUGGUGCUUUACAUUUAACCUAGAGUAUCUAUUGUCAGGCAGUUUUGCUGGUGACUUUUAAAUUUUCCUAGAUUAAUAUAUUUUUAAUAAAGAU